AUGAAUCCAUACAACUACCACUAUUAUCGACAUAUUCGCUGUCAUAGAAGGAUGGGUCUAUUUUCGCAUUUGAUAGCACUUGCUGUCGGCGUCUAUGGAGGAGCAUACGCGGUACAAAAUUACCAGGUUGACUGGGCACAUCGCCGGAGGGGUCACUGUUGCCGAUGUUCAUGCCAGGAACAAAAUUGUCACUGUUUUCGACAUCGACACCACCCCGCUUUACCAGCACCAACCCCUAUUCACAAAGGGAAUCUCGGACUGGCUGCGGUGGCACCCGGGAUGUCGCUUUGUGCGACGACGGGUCCUGCCGCCAGACCUCCAGACACUCAAAUCGAAUCAGUGGUCACUCAUGAUGAGUCUUGCAUACGGGAACGGCUGGAAGCCUGUCGACAAGGGAUGAUACAAUUGGGCAUUCUUCGAACGAAACACUUGAGAAUGAUGGAGGAUAUGCGUGGAAGACUCCCAUUGAUACCGAGUUGUGGUGAUGUGCGCAGUCGAGAGAAACGAUUCGAAGCCGUCACACAACAGAGAGAGUCGAUUCGGAGUGAGGACAGUGGGAGAGCGUCGAUUCGUGACUGCGUUGAUGUGUCUCGAGCGCAUUCCCCACUUGCCGAUUGUAUCUCGCAUCGAUCCUCGCUAAGCAUGGAUUCGGGUUGUUCGAGUGUCAGGGAUUCAUCGGUGGACACACUUGUUGGCGCUCUUCCCCUUCAACCAUUUUUGACCUACACGGCUUUUCGUAAACAAUCACUUGAAGAGACACCGAUCAUUAUAUCGAAAAUGCCAGCGAUAAAACCGAGAAAUCCCUCACCACCUCGUGUUACCCCAAGAGCUCGAAAAGCAAUGGAUUAUGAAAGGCGAACUGCUGAUCAAAUUCUUGAUGGUCGACCAGAGGAUAUUCAUUUAUUGACAACGACUAUUGAAUCGACCACAUCGCUACGGAGGAAUGCAAAUGGUGGGACGAGACCGAGAAGCAUGUAUGCGACAUAUGAAGCGGCCAGAAGUUUGGAAAGAGGAGAAACGAAACGUCAAAAUCGCUCCCGAUCGCCGCCAAUGCUGGACUCGCGCUCUUUCUCAGCGCUCACCCCGCCGCCGAUUCAUCGGAAAUUCGGUGUUGCUCAGAAUAUUGACCCAAAUGAACAGAUUACGAUUUCCCCCAAAGCCGCUCCACGAAAACAUGUGCCCACCCAAGAAGUGUUGCCCAUUCAAGCUGUUCGACGACAACAAAUCAAGCCCGAUGAAGGGAAUAGGGAUCCGCUCGUUCAGGCUGCACGUCAAUUCCUGGAACGCUCGCCGAAAAUGCAGAAAAGACGAUUCUCAUCACAGGACCCGGCUCGUCCUCGUCCAAAGAGCAUGUUUGAGACGGAUUGUGCAACUGAUUGUGAGCCUAUUUCGACAAUUUUCUCGGCUCAACCGGCUAAAGUGCUCAGCAGACAAGUCUCCCAUGCAACGCCAGAAACAUCCCCGGUUGGCGCUCGACGGCUUACGGUAGCAGCCGGGAUUGCUAGAUUCGAGGCUCACGUCCGCCAACAGCAACAACAAGGAAAUCGCCGUGACAAGCCCUGGCAUGAGUCGAAAGCCCUAAUGCGUCUUCGAGAUGAGACGCAAAAUUUGCCCGUCCCUCCGCCGAUUCUCUAUCAAUUGACGGCUGAUGAAGAGGAAAAUAUACCACUGCCCGGUGUCAGUCAGGGAAUUCACGUGCGACGAGCCGACAAACAGUUUCCGAUUCGAACCGAUGAGGUCGACUUGCUGAGUCUAAAAAGUGGCGGACUAAAAGCCCUACCGCGAUCUCGUCUCCUACGACGAUUGGCUUUCUUCUCACCGUGUCAAAUCAAAGAAGGUGAAGAUCCGUGUUCGUGUGCCCAUUUUGUUCAUCCUUGGAAAGCGGCUCGAGUCGGGAAUCCGUUUGCACGUCUUGGAGGCGCUGAGAAAAGAAUUAGCUCAAAUCACGAGAAACGGCUUUAUCUGCGAGAAUCCGGACAUAAACGAAUCACGCUUUCGAUUGACGCCUUAUAUCCACCAUUCGGCACUCCAUGUCGUAGCUGCAGCCAUGAACUAUUGGGUCACUCGGCUCAUCUCUUGAUCCAGGAUGAUGUAGUUCUUGCGAAAAUGCUCUCCCUCAGCGAGAUGGCUGAAAAAGUCGUGAAACGAAUGAAUUGGAUGAAGAUUUUACAAGAUCGAUCUUGGUGUAGAAGACGACUCGAUUUGGAUCAACGAUUACCGCCAAAAGUCUCGGGACUCGACUUACAAACUUUUGUGCUCCUUGGCGAGAUGUUGAAUCUUCUCUUGUUGCGGAUACAAAACGUCGACCCAGAUCUGGAAUGGCCCGUUCAUUGGACUGGAAUGCCGCCUUUUUAUCCAAAAGAUGAAUGCUCAAUCGAGGAACAUUUACAACGAUAUCUUUGGCAAGAGAGUGACCACACAACGGCUGGUCGAGUGGCUGCCUGUGAAUUUCUCCUUGAACGAAUCAACUCGUGGAAUCCCGGUCGAGCUCCAGAAUUUGCUUACAAAAUGCAUCAGAAAAAGAGACAGAAUCGCUUGACGGUUUUGCGAGCAUUCCGAGUGAUGAACAAUAGAAGAUCGAGGGCAGAAGCUGAAGAAAUCGUACAACAAAGCUCUGAAAUAAAUGAAGAGUUGAGAGAAAUCAAUGCGGCUCGAGAGACGUUGAAUCAGCUAAACCGAGCUGGCUUUGAUUUGAUGAGAGCACGACAUUUUUGGUGGUGCCGACUCCCGCAAAUCGUACCCAUAUUACCGAUCUAUCAACCGGUACAAAUCUUUGGGAAACGAUUUGUUCUACGGGCACUUCGACAGCUUCAACUACAUCUUGUCGCCGAUGCCUUUUUGAUGCGUGGUCAACGAUUUGCACAAAUUGUUGCCGAGGUCAUCGAGUUCAUGAAAAAGGAGCCCUACCUUCGGAAAGAUCAGAUGUGCAAUGAGGGGACGACAACGGAAAAAGAAAUUGAUUUCAAAUUUCGAUUAUGUGGUGAAAAACGUGCGAAGAACACGACUGCUUUCUAUGCGAAAUGGCUCAAUGGAGAGAAACCUUCACUACCUGGUGACAUCGAUAUAAAGGAUGUGGUGAAAGCUGCUUAUCUGUUUGCAAAACAACGACGUCGAGACGCGAAAAAAGUGCAAUCGAAAAAUGGGGAUCCUUUAAUUGUCGAUGUGGCUAGAGCUGAUGACGUUUUUGAGGAGGAGCUCAGUGGGCAUAUACAAUUCCGUGUAAUCCAGAAUCGGGUCGAUACGCGAAUGCCACAGAAUAUCCUCUAUUAUUUGUCUCAGUUGCUUCAAUUGUAUAGCGUGGCUUUACCGAAGAUGCCCCGGGAGUACAUCACUCGGCUGAUUUACGACACUCGGCAUAUGAACAUGGUCAUUAUCAAACCUGAUCGAGGAGUAAUCGGCGGAAUUUGCUUCCGAGCUUUUUUACGGCAUGGCUUCUCAGAGAUUGUCUUCUGUGCGGUGACAGCCGAUGAACAGGUGAAAGGCUACGGAACACAUUUAAUGAAUCAUGUGAAGGAAUUCCACGCGCAGAGUCUCCAAAUCUAUCAUCUGAUGACGUACGCGGAUAAAUUGGCGAUCGGAUACUUUAGCAAGCAAGGAUUCACAACGGACAUUCCGAUUCCACAGGAGAACUACAAAGGUUUCAUCAAGGAUUACGAUGGAGCAACGUUGAUGGCCUGUCAUUUACAUCCACAAAUCCCCUACACGCACUAUGCUCAAUUUUGCAUGGUUGAGCGGGAUUUGAUUCGAGAGGCCGCCAAAGUGAUCUAUCCGGAUGAAAGCCAACAAGUAACGAGAGCCGGGAUUGAGCAUUUACAUAAAGAAUAUGCUGGUUCGCCUGUUCCGCUUAACGAAAUCGUGGAUCUUGAGUUGGAGUCUUCCGAAGAGCUUCCACACAAGAAAGAUUAUGAGAAUAAGAUUCGUCAAAUUUUGAAUAAACUCAAACAACACGCAGAUGCGUGGCCGUUUUUGGAGCCUGUGGAUGCGGUUCAGGUUCCGGAGUAUUACUCGUACAUCAAACAGCCGAUCGAUUUGCAAACGAUGGCUGAAAAGCUUAAGGGAAAACAUUAUGGACAUGAGGCGCUAUUCUUGGCGGAUCUUCGGCGAAUGUUCGACAAUUGCUACCGGUUUAAUGGCGUUGAAACGGAGUACUAUCGAAUGGGAUACGUUGUGAAUAAACUGGCAUUGAACCUCGUCGAGACGGCAUUCCCGAAUCUGCCUGAUUGGCAUCCGAAAUUACCCGAUUUAAAACCGAUUCUUUAUGUGGAAACGGAUGAAGAAGAGAGCAGCGAGGAG